GAUUCUCUAACAGAAGGUUUGAUUUGAAAAGUAGAACCAUAGAAAUAGAAAUAGAAAGAGAAAAAUGAAAAGAACAAUAACUGUUUUGAAUACCAAAAUAAAUUCCAAUAUGUUGUGAUGGAUUAGAACAAAAUGGAAGAAUGCAUAUAGCUAAAGAAUUAAUUCAAGCUUUGAAUAUGAAUAGAUUAGUUGAUACAGGAUGAAUAUUUAUAUUUUUGGAGGCUAAUUGAUUUGCGCUACUUAAUAAUAAUAAAAUGGGGAAAAUUUCUAAAUUAAAUAAAAAAUGGAGGUUGAUAUUUCAGAGUAGUAUGGAAGAUUGUAGGAAUGAA